AUGGAAUUAUCUGAACUACCAUUUGAAAUUCUUUUGCAAAUUGCUGAUAGCCUAUCAACAAGAGACCGGUUGUCUUGUGCUCUAACGUGCAUGGGAUGGAGAUACCUGUUUCAAAGCGCUCUGUGGACAAGCAUACGAACUAAUGACUUUUGCAACAUUAAAAUACUUAUCGACAUUAUUAAAGGUUCCAAAAAUACAUUCGUAUCAUACGGUCUCUGGGUUUACAGUCUACGAAUAGGUCAUUAUUAUGUUGAGUCAAGAGCAUCAGAGACACAAUUUUCUGAAUUAGUCAAAUGCCUACCAAACCUGAAGCACCUGGAUCUAGAUGAAAGAAGCCAUAUAUACUUUGACACAGACACAGCAAGAUCAAACAAAAAAUUGAAUUCUCUGAAAAGCUUGAAAAUAGGAUAUACGACAAACAAAUAUAUACAGCCAACAAAAAACGUCUUGAAAACUAUAAAUGUAUGUAGCAUGCUUCAAAGAUUAGAAAUACACAGGUUCAGAAGGGGAUUUCGCAUGGAUUUUAGUGUGGAUGAUUUUGACAACAUGCACCAAAAAUUGCAAAACUUAUCGUCCUUUGGUGCUGAAAUAUAUUUUAACCCUGACUUCCCAGCUACACUGGACAAAAUUCCAAGUACAGCACCGGCUUUUGCUAUUACAUCUGUAGAUAUAAACUCGAAAUUAUAUGAUAGUGUAAUCGGGCAAGAAACUACAAAUGAUAAUAAUUGGAAUCCUUUGUGGCUGUACUAUUUUGGCUACAAGUAUCCAAAUUUGCGUUCUCUAAAGCUACAUGCCACAGAUAUGCGUGAGAAUAUAAAAUAUUCGAACAAGAGACAAACAAUGAUAUCUAUUUUUCAAUCCAAUCCAAACGCAUUUCGACAUCUGGAAGCAUUCAGCUUGACAACCGACUGUUUUUUCGAAUUUACCGACCUUAUUUUGUGGGAAUUGUUUUGCGCAUCAAAGGUUUCUCUUAAGCACCUGGCGAUAGAUAUAGCAUAUGGCUCCUAUAAUUACUAUUCAUACCCAAUCGAUCUUAACAGAAUUUUUCAAACGUUUUCGGAAACACUCGAGAGCUUUUCGUUUACAGGGUGGUUAAAGCAACAGGAGCGGAAUCUCUGCCAGCAUGGACUACAAAGUUUGACGCUACAACGAUGCUCUGUGCCUGCUGAAAUAUUCAAUUACCUUUCUUUCAAGUGUAAAAGCUUGGAUCAUAUGACUUUGAAUACUAUAUCUACUCUGGAAAUCGGCCAUCUUCAAUACAACAUAUCAAACCAAACAAUUAAUACAACUACUUGUAGUGUUCUGACACUCCUGUCUCAAUUGUACGACGCUCCAUCAUUAAAUGAAAAGAACAAAAAACAAAAAACGGGGAUGGAUUCGAAGUACCCUAUAGUAGCAAGACACAAUCUCAAAUGGUUCUAUAAGUAUUGGCCUCUUGAAUGCUAUGUUGAUUACAACAUGGGAGCUUUAAAGCUUUCAAAGGAAGGAACCGAUACCGCACUUGAAUACUAUCAAAAAUUCCAUUUGAACAAAGCCAGCAAGGUUUUAAAAGACAACAGAUUUUAUUACGGGCAUGUCCCCUUAGUUAAAAGGAAAUGCGAACUUAACAGAGGAUACGCAGAAUUGAGAUUCGGCAAGAUUGAAACACCUCCUGUUAUAUGUCCAACAAAGUAUUACUUUAGUAGAGAAUAA